AUGGUGUGCCUGAAUUUAAGUCAGGACAGCUAUGGUAUUCCUGGGUUAUCUCAUAUUACUCUUCAAGGCUCAGUCUUGCACGGUUUGCAGGAGAUCGAGACGUGGCUUGAGACAGUUGCUCCAGGUGCCGGGACUCCAAUUCACCGGCACUCGUGUGAGGAAAUCUUUGUUGUUCUGAAGGGCAGUGGAACUCUGUAUCUUGCUUCUAAUUCGUCCCAUCAGAAAUAUCCAGGCAGUCCUCAAGCUUUUCAUAUUUAUGCGAAUAGCACAUUUCAUGUUCCGGUCAAUGAUGUUCAUCAGAUCUGGAACACGAACGAUAAAGAAGAUUUGCAGUUUCUAGUUGUGAUAUCUAGGCCACCGAUGAAAGUGUUCCUAUAUGAUGACUGGUCGAUGCCACAUACAGCUGCUAAACUGAAAUUCCCCUUCGUUUGGGACGAAAAGUGCUAUAAAACACCACCAGCAAAAGACGAGCUUUGA